AAAAUCAGCUGCGAAGGUGAUGACCCGCAUGCAUGAUGACAGAAGUAAACGACGGUGAUGAAAUUUUGAACGAUGUUGGAAAAAUAUUUAAUGUAAAAAUGCAAUUUGUUAUUAAUGAUUGUAAUAAGUCAGAAGAGUACGCUUUUAAGUUAGUAAUUAAAUUACGUUUGCAUAGAUUCUGUUAACCUAAUUAUUCCAUAUUAAGUUCUCUGAAGAUAACAAAUUAAUUUUUUUGUACUGAACCUCAUUUCAAAGUUCCGCGUAGUGGAAGCCGACAGUUUAUCAAAAUUGAAGAAGAAUCGGAAACAUUUUGUUCGACAAAAUUAGCAAUUUCAAGUGAUUUUUACAGCGAGAAAAAUCAAUUGUAAUAUGAGUGCGGAUAGUGUUACGCUGGUUACGUUGGUGGCCAGUGGAAUUUUACUGCGGGCGAUCCUUUCUUUGCAUUCCUAUUCGGGACAGAACAAACCGCCGAUGUUCGGAGAUUUUGAAGCUCAACGCCAUUGGCAGGAGACUACGGUGAACCUUCCAAUCCGGGAGUGGUAUGAGAACAGUACGAACAACGAUCUACUAUACUGGGGCUUGGACUAUCCGCCCCUUACGGCCUAUCACAGUUUCCUGGUUGGAAAGUGGGCACUGUUUAAGAAUUCGACCUUUGUCAAGCUCUACGAGUCGCGUGGAAUCACGGAAGAUACGCACAAGGAAUUUAUGCGAAAUACGGUCCUGCUAGUGGAUUUCUUUUUGUACAUCCCGGCAAUACUCUUUGGUUGCUACACCGUCCGGAAGAAGAUUUUCGGUGGAAGCAUCGCGGGAAGUGAUAUCCUGUCCAUGUUGGUUGCAGUGCUCUACCCGGGACAAAUGCUGAUCGAUAACGGCCACUUCCAGUAUAAUAAUGUGUCCUUGGGAUUCGCAGCAGCGGCCAUAGCGGCGAUAUUGAUGGAAAAGCACUUACUUGGAGCGCUGGUAUUCGUGCUGGCAUUGAACUACAAACAGAUGGAAUUGUACCACGCCUUGCCAUUCUUUUUCUUCUUGCUUCAAUGGUGCUUUCAACGGGGCCCGAAAGGAUUUGAUUGGAGAGUUGGAAUCUGGAGGCUGUUCAAAGUUGGAUCUGUCGUUGUUGUGUCCUUUGUGAUCAUCUGGAGUCCAUGGCUCGUGUCGAUUGACUCUUUGAAGCAAGUGGUUCAUAGAGUUUUCCCAGUGGCCAGAGGCGUUUUCGAGGAUAAGGUUUCCAAUGUGUGGUGCAUUGUAAAUGUGUUUAUCAAAUUAAGAAACUACCCUAAUUCGUUCAUGGCAAUGGUUUGCCUCGUUUGUACUUUGAUCGCCGUGCUGCCGUCUGGAUCUCACCUGCUCUUCAGACCAUCCAAGAAAAACUUCCUGCUAGCAUUGCUUAACUCAUCCCUAGGAUUUUUCCUCUUCAGUUUCCAAGUUCAUGAAAAAUCUAUUCUUAUCGCCACUCUACCAGCUCUUCUGCUAUUCCAGCUGUAUCCAUUCGAAUGCUUCUGGUUCCUACAAAUUUCCACCUUCAGCAUGAUCCCUCUCCUGCACAAAGAUGGGCUUCUACUUCCGUACCUCGCCCUAUCCCUCCUAUCUCUCACUCUCCUGAAAUCAUCAAUUCAGGCGCUGAACAAUUUCAAACCCAUCUCCAGGACCUUCUUUGGUGACAUUUUCAACAUCGGAUCAUUCCUGCAAACAAUCGACGGCAGCAAGAAAUCUCACCAUAUUAAUCGAGCGCUGGUACUCGGAUUCUACAGUUCUCUGAUGGGACAAACAUUACUGUUAUUUGCAUUCGUAGUCAUGCAGCCCCCAAUGCAUUUGCCGUUCCUUUGGCCGCUGCUUAUCUCCGCAUACAGUUGUGGGCAUUUUGUGUUAUUCUUUAUCUACUUUAACUAUCGGCAGUUCUUUUCGUAUGCUAAUGAGGCAACUCAUGUGAAGCGUGCGUCAGGCAAACGGAAACUUAAAUAAAAUGUGUCAACCUA